CGCUACAACUAAAUUUAUUUAUCUCGACUUUUCGCGUCGAGGAGAUAACUUUUUGCGCGUACGAUUUUAUUUUUCUUCGGUGGAUUGCAAGUUCUUCGACUUUAACUUGGUUCGCAACGAAAAAUAAAAGUAAGAGAGGACUUUUUCGAGUUUUGAACGUUGUUUUUUGAAAAGUUCGACGACUAUUUUAGUUUAUUUUAAGAUUUAAAUUGCUUGAAAUCGACUCGAAUAGGAGAAUUUAUGAAUUAGAAUUAUGAAGAAAUACAAAAACAAAAUCGUGUAAAAAUCAUCAUUUCUCCACAACAUUUCUUCACCAUCAUCUCGGUGAAGAAAUGUUAAAGAUCGUGAUUGUCUAAUGGAGGUAAUGCUGAUCGGGUUUUUCGUUGUUUGGAUGCAAUUCAUGAUCCUUGGAAAAGCCGUACACCCGGGGUGUGAAUGUCUCGUGUAUUCCACGACCCACGGUAAGGAAAUGGGAACGUUCACAAGCCCGGAUUUUCCUAAACAAUACGCGCAAAACAUCGAUUGCGUUCUGUAUACAUUUAUUGGACGACCGAACGAAAUUAUUCAAAUCGUUUUUCUCGAUUUUGAUAUUCCAAAAAGAAGUAACGAUUGCAUUAGGGGUGAUUAUCUAAAACUGUUUUUGCACUUGAAUGGUGGUGAAGUAAACGAGUACACUCCAUGGGAGACGGUUUUGUGUGGUUCUCUCGUGGAUAUCCCAACCAUUCUGUACUCAUCGGGUCCCGGACUCGUCUUGGAAUUCCACUCAGGAAACGAAAGGAGCAACUCAACCGGUUUCUCCGGCACCUUUCGAUUUAUGGACAGAAGACUCUUCAAAACCGGCGGCCAAAAAGUUUCCGGAACAACGUGUGACUACCAAUUUUCGAGCACGGAUUCGUCCAGCUCUUCAUAUGGAAACUUUUAUUCACCCAAAUACCCAUCUAGCUACCCAAAAAACAUUAAAUGUUCGUACCUAUUUAGAGCAAGAAAUCGUGAACGAAUUCAAUUAGUUUUUGAAGAAAUUUCACUUCAAAAAGGCGAUAUAAGUUGUUUAAAUAGGGCAGAUAUAAUAAGAAUUUACGAUGGAAUUUCUCCUGGUGAUGCAGCAAUAAAAUUCUUAUGUAACGAAGGAGCCGAGGUUGAAAUAUUUUCGACUGGAUCGAACUUAUUCGUGGAAUUCGUAGCAAAUUCUGAUUGGCCCGGACAUGGAUUCAAGGCCAGAUAUCAGUUCCUACCGAUAGAAGAUAACUUUAUAGACCUCGAUAGGUUUGAUCACGCACGUCCUAAAUUAGGACCAAGCGUCAGUGAAACACGCUCGAGUUGUGAUUUAUCAUUUACAAGCGAUUUAACUAAGAACGGCACGAUUUCUAGUCCGCAUUAUCCGGACUCUUAUCCACCAAGAACAACAUGCAGAUAUGAAUUUGAAGGAAGAGGAAAAGAACGAAUUCGAAUACAAUUCAUUGAUUUUCAAUUAUAUAGUCCGCAAAGUUACGUAGGGGAAAAUUGCAACAAUCAAGAUUCGGUGUUUGCUUUUGUUCACGUUGAAGGAAGAACGGAUAAAAUCGAUGGUUUUUGUGGAAAUUUUUUUCCAAAACCAAUUAUGUCGAAUGGACCUCGAUUACUUUUAGAGUUGCAAAGUGUUUUUGGAGGACAAAAUACGAGAGGAUUUAAAGCCAUUUAUACUUUUACCGAGAAUUAUGGGAUAACCCACGGUUCUCAAAUACCAGAUUAUCCAUGUGCCUUCGUUUACACGUGCAAUGAAUCAAAAAGUGGGUAUUUCCACAGUCCAAAUUAUCCAGGUUUAUAUCCGAGAGAUACCGAGUGUCACUAUUUCUUUUAUGGAAAUGAAAACGAAUUAGUCCAAUUAAAAUUCGAUUAUUUUGAUGUUGAAGGAGUUCAACCUUGUAAUUCAUCUUCGGCUAGUGAUUAUAUUGAAUUUUCAAAUUAUAUGCGAAUUGAUUCGAAAUAUAAGAGACGUUGCGGCCAACAAAGCCCUUUUUUAAUUAACUCGGAAAGGAAAUUUUUUCGGGUUACUUUCAGGUCUAAUGAUCGUUUAGACGGACAUGGAUUUAAUGCUUCUUAUGUUUUCUUGGAUAAAAGCGAAGUUAACACGAUUAUAGUACCAAAUCACACUUCAAGUGCAGAGAUAAAACACGUUUAUUAUAUAUCUAAUAUUAUCUUAAUAAUUUUUUUUUGUAAAUUUAAGUAAAUUCAUUUAAAAAGAAAUCGCACUGAUUUUUAUAAUAACACAUUUACAAUUAGUGCUGGACCAAAAAAAAUCUUUUAAUUCAAAUUAUGUAAAUAAAAAAAAACAGCACGUCGACAUAUCGUUAACCUUCGAGUUUAAUUAAAUAAUUAUAUAGUUUAGUACCUUCGAUGUGAUUCUAUUGUACAAACACCUCCGUUAUGUGUAACAACAAAAAACAUUAAUAAAGUUUGUAUUUUUCUAAAUAA